AUGUUCGCUUCGACGUCACAAAGAAAUGAUGAUGCAAAAUCCGGAAAACCGCAUACUAUCGGAGAGAAGUUAAUUUUGCCAGCCGUUGAAAAGGUUUUAAAAACUGUUUUACACAAACCUGCAUCUGAUACCAUUAAAAGAAUUCUCUUAAGCAGCAAUACUGUUGAAAGACGUAUUGAUGAAAUGAGUUCUGAUAUUGAAAGCUUCUUAUGUAAUUAUUUGCAAACGACCCAUUUCUCUAUACAACUGGACGAGUCAACUUUACCUGAUAAUGCAGCAUUAUUAUUGGCAUAUGUUCGUUUCAUUAUGAAUCAAGAAAUCUACAAAGAACUGCUCUUCGCAACAACUUUGAUAACCGACACUAAUAAUAAGAGAAAAACAGACAUCGCCUAUUUAACAGAUUUGUUUACAAAAUUUAAUAUGGUUAAUUUGCAAUUACAAGGCGACAGUUUAACUUUGAUUAAAACAAAGUCCAUCUUAUCAGCGUUUCUUGUCAGAGUUAAACUAAUGAAGCAAAAUGUUGGACGGGGCGAUUUUUCUCAGUUCCCCAAUUUGUCACAGACAAACUGCCAGGAUGACGACGUUUCAUCUUACCUUCAACAUUUAAAUGCCCUCUAUUCAGAUUUUGAAUCUAGGUUUGAGGAUAUUUUGACUAUGGUAAUACCACCGUGGAUAAUUAAUCCAUAUGGUGACAUAGAAGAAACGAAUGUCAUAAUACAAGAGGAACUGACUGAACUAAGUACAAACGAAGAACUUAAGGUUCAGUUUAAAAACGGAUAUCAGCAAUUCUGGCUGCAAAACAACAUACCCGUUACUUAUCCCGUAUUAUGGAAUAUAGCGAGGAAAUUUUUAAUUUCCUUUCCAUCGUCAUACCUAGUGGAAAGGGGGUUCAGCGCUGUUACCAAUCUCCUAACAAAAAAAAGAAACAGACUGGACAUCAUUAGCCGUGGAGAUUUAAGAUUAACCCUUACAAAAUUGACGCCAAAUGUUGAUAAUUUAUUAUUAAAGCAUCAGAAGCCAGAGAUUACCACUAACAUCAUAUUCUUCAAUUUGUAUGUCCAUCUGUCUCCAAUUCUACGUUUCUGUUGCGGCAAAACGGGAGCUCGAGCUUCAAGUCCUGUCAAUGAGAAAGCUGCUCUGAGCAUCAAACUACGCACCGGAGCGGGAACCUCCGAAAAAGGUUCUUUCUCUGAAGACGAGUCACUUGAACUGCUGCUGGUAGAACUGCUGGAACUGGAACUGCUAGAAGAACUUGAUGAGCUAGAAGAAGCGUCCGGCUUACAGAAAGAUUUGAAAUACUUUCAAAUACUCAAAGAUAAAUUUCAGAAGAGACCUACACUAGACAGAAUGUUCGCUUCGACGUCACAAAGAAAUGAUGAUGGUUUGCGGGCGUCUUACAAUAUCUCGUUACUUAUAGCAAAAUCCGGAAAACCGCAUACUAUCGGAGAGAAGUUAAUUCUGCCAGCCGUUGAUGAGGUUUUAAAAACUGUUUUACACAAUCCUGCAUCUGAUAUCAUUAAAAGAAUUCCCUUAAGCAACAAUACUGUUGAAAGACGUAUUGAUGAAAUAAGUUCUGAUAUUGAAAGCUUCUUAUGUAAUUAUUUGCAAACGACCCAUUUCUCUAUACAACUGGACGAAUUAUUAUUGGCAUAUGUUCGUUUUAUUAUGAAUCAAGAAAUCUACGAAGAACUGCUCUUCGCAAGAACUUGGAUAACCGACACUAAAGCAAUUCCUUUAUCAAAUAUAAUAUCAGUAGCUACAGAUGGAGCACCUGCCAUGGUUGGACGGUAUCGUAGAUUUAUAAGCUAUUUAAAACAAAAUCUAUCAGGGGUGUUAGCAAUACAUUGCGUCAUCCGUCGACAACAUCUAGUUGCUAAAAAUUUGAGUGUUAGAUUGCAUGAAUCACUUCAUUUAGUCAUUGAUGCAGUAAACCGAAUCCGAAGCAACGCGUUGAAUACGCGGUUAUUUGCGCAGUUGUGUGAAGAAAAUGACGAACACUUUCAUCAAUUACUUCUUCACACUGAAGUACGCUGGCUGUCGAAAAGCUUAUGUUUGACAAGAUUUUUUGCACUUUUUGAGACUAUUUUAGAAUUUCUGGAUACUAAAGAAAACAUUUUAAAAGACAAUUUAAUGAAGAGGAAAACAGACAGAUUUGUUUACAAAAUUUAA